CUGCAGCUGGUAGACCCGUCCUGAGACAAAUGUUCAUCGAGUCCCAAAGAAGAUUCAACACAGACCUCUACAUGUACUCCAACGGCGAUAUAUUAUUUCAUAUUAAAAAACUCAUCACUUCUCUAAAGGAAAUUAAGAGAUUCACGAAAGCUCACAACAUCAGGAGGUUUAUAGUAUUUGGGGGAAGGCGCGAGGCAAAGUUCUAUUCAACAAGUGGUGAUACUAUCGAAAUCAUAUCCGGAUUGGAUGAGGAAAUCACCCGACGCGGCCAAGGUACCAAACUCGGUCUAUCGAAUGCACAGGAUUACUUCAUCACAAGUAAAACCAGCUUCCCCUGGGAUGCCAUGCCCGAUUUUGUUGUCAGCGUUCCUGCUUUUGACAACUGGCUACUGAUGUUUAGUAACAAAGCGGACAUUGCAACAUUCGACAUUACUGCCACUAACCUUGCAGUUCACCAAGCAGGAGCCCCGAAAUUCAUUGACAAUGAUUACAAUAAGUCUGCGUCCAAUAAUAUGGAAUUAUAUAAUGAAUCAAUAAUAUCAUAUGGUGGUACCUCUAUAUAUUGUUGUAAGUGGAAAACUAUGUAUGAUGGGGGAGGUAAAGUUAUAAUUGUUAAAAAUCCAACAUUCAAAAACGAAUGCAUUGGAAAAUUAAAAAUCCCGGUCGAAAAUCUUUUGGAUGAGAACAUUUUUCAGGGUUAAUUACCGAAUGGAUUUCAAAAUUCACUCCCACAAAUAUAUAUUUUGGAUUCAAUUCUGACAAAUUCUGACAACAUAACAAGACUAAUUUUAUUAAAAAAUAUGCAAUAAAUCGGGUGCAAAUGCGUACAAAACUAAACAAGAGGUGUAUUGAUUGUGUACUAGUGUGUACUGAUUCCAGUGAAGAAGCUGUUACAGUAAUAUUCCUGGUAAUAUAUUCAAAAUGCAAUCUAUGUUCAAGC